AAUACAUAGGCGGAGUUGUAGGCGAGUCCACAUCUUUUGCAGCAAGCGAUAAGGUGCGGCGAGCAUCAUCUGGGCUAGUGUCCCAAAGGGCUCUCAAUCACCCAAUGCUCACUCACUGGUACAGCGGCCAGAUGAUUUUCACAUAGUUGUAGGCUCAGGGUGUCUUAAGCCACCACUAAAGUUACUAAAUUACGCUCAUCCUAAGCCUAACUUUGGCUUCAAUGGCGACUGUAGUAAGUGGUCUUACUCUUGCCUCCUUGUGUACGCAAAUCUCUGCUACAAAAAACAAGACCCAGAUUAGUAAGCGAGUUAGACCUCCCAUCUUCAUCUCCACGAACCCAUCUCAUGUUAAUCUCCAUGAUCUGAGGGAUCUAUUCACCUCCUCCAACCUCUCAUGCCACAGAUUCCCAAGCCUUGAUCCGGAUGGCCGGGUCGAACCGACCGAUAUAGAAAAGCUUCGUAUUGCUCUAUCUCAUAGUUCCGUUGUCGUCUCUGUUUUCUGUAAACCCCAAUUCCCUUCUGGCGAUGGUCCCGAAGACGAAGUGACCUCUAGGAAAUCUGGGUUUGUGCUUGGAGAACUGUUCGAGAGAACAGUUCCAGUUACGGAAUCGAACGGGCGGUUGGUUGGUUUUGGCCGAGCAGUUUCAGAUUGUGGAUUGACUGCUUCAAUCUACGAUGUUGUGGUUGACCCUUCCUUACAGGGAGUUGGAAUUGGUCAGAUGAUUGUUAAAAGGCUUGUAAGGGUACUUACAAGUAGAGGCAUUUACGACAUUGUGGCCCUCUGCUCUGAAAAACAGAGGUUGUUCUUUAAAGCCUGUGGAUUCGGAGAUGACAUCGUGGGAUCCACCGCAAUGAUGUAUACCAGGACUGCAUCAAGUGGCAGUGCUGAUCACAUGGUUAAAGGAGCUGGUCGACUGCUGUUAUUAGUGCCACCACCAAGAGAGACUUUAUCAUCAUCUUAAGGAUCUUUCCUGCUGAUUCGCAAAACUGGGCCUCUGGUUUCUUGUUGAGCUCUAAAUAUUGUGUUUAACCUCCAUGCAAUGGUGCAGGAGAGGGCUGGUUAGAGUUCUGUCAUGGAGAUAUAAGAUAAGAUAUAAGAUUUUCAAAAUGAGGUCAAUGGUCAGAGGUUCUAGUUGCUUAUUCAGAAUUCUUCUCAAAUCGUAAAAAGAUUUCAAUUGGAAGAAAAUUGAGAAGUGUAUUAGCAUUCAAUGCGAAAAAUGUGGAAUUCGAAUAAAUUUUAAUUGAUUUUUUUUUUUGUUUGA